UGGUCCCCAGCUCAAUCUCCAACACAACCACGAAGCCAUCAUGACACCUCCUUCCACUACGUCCGCAGUCGUGAUCGUCACCGGUGCCUCCCGCGGCAUCGGUCUCGCCAUCGUCCACGCCCUCCUGCAGCACAACGCCCGCGUUAUCGCAACCGCACGCACUCCUCUGUCCACCAACUCCGCUGAAACUAGCUCCACCACCGAACCCUCCUCCUCGCCAUCCCUAGCGGAGUUGGUAAAAACGUACCCGGACGCUCUACGCUAUGUUGCGGUGGACGUGACCGAUGAGCGCGCGGCGGGGAUGAUUGUCGGGGAAGCGAUCUCGGCGUUUGGGAGGUUGGAUGCGCUUGUGCAUAAUGCUGGCAUCUUAGACCCCCUCGCCCGCAUCGUGGACGCCCCCAUCACCGACUGGGUUCGCUGCUUCGACAUCAACCUCUUCUCCUGCGUCCGGCUACUCCAGGAAGCCAUCCCGCACCUCCGCACCGCCGCCUCCUCGUCUUCCCUAUCCGGGACAUCCAGCAGGUUCAUCCUCAUCUCCUCCGGCGCCGCCGUCCGCCCCACAUCCGGCUGGUCCGCCUACAGCGCAGCCAAAUCCGCUUCCAACAUGCUCGUUGCGUCCGUCGCUGUUGAAGAGCCGCUGCUGACAUCCAUCGCCAUCCGACCGGGUGUGGUUGACACGGCGAUGCAGGCGCGCAUUAGGAGUGAGGAUGCCAAGGAGGCGAUGGGUGAGGAGGGUCGGCAGCGGUUUGUAGGGCUUUUUGAGAGAGGCGAGCUGUUGAAGCCGGAGACGCCUGGGAGCGCCGUGGCGAGGCUGGCGCUGAGCGCGCCGAGGGAGUUGAAUGGCUUGUUUGUGAACUGGGAUGAUGAGAGGUUGCCGAAGUGAUUUGCCAUGGUGUGCCACCCGUAAGCGGAUUCUUUGAGGCGUAUAUAUAUAGCCAGACUCCCUUAGACGUAGGUUGGGUUUGUUGUCACAUUCACAUGUAUGCAUAAUACACAUCAUAAUAAACGACCGCCCA